GGCAGCGAAAUGUCACAAAUGUAAAUAAAACACAUCAAAAAGUUGAUCAGCCAAUCGAAUUAUUCGAAAUAGUUCAUAAAAAAAUGGUUAUACGAAAUAAAUUGCAAGACUAUUGCUAAAUUGCGUUUAAACAAAUACUUUCGGAUACAUCCCAGUUCAAGAAACGUGAUAAUAGUGAUUGUUUUUGUUUCCGCGCGGCUGCAACUUGGGUUUGUUUGUGCUCGACAACAUGAAGCAGUGAGGAGAAGGUAGAAAGAAUCAUGACGAAUUACGAAGCGCUGGCAGGAACCAGCUCAUCUUCCGGCGGUCCUUGUCAUUGGUUGAAGCACAUGAAGUUGUACCGCAUCGGAAUAGUUAUAGCAGCAUGUCUUCUGUUCGCCACGUUUGUAUUUUAUUAUCUUCUGCUGAACGAUGAAUCUAAUGUCCCCAGCAAUGACAUCCAUCGGUCAAGAUCGCAGUUGGAGGCAUUCGACGAGGUGAGUCCACUGAAGGCUGCUGAUUUAAAGCUGCGGAUUGACGAGAUGCUUCGGAUAAAGGGAACCGUGUCCUUGGAGCUGCGAGAUUUAGAGGCUCGGCGUCAGAAAUUACAAUCGGAUAUUGGGUUGUAUAAUCAAAAGAUAGACGAACUGAAGCAAGAGCUAGCCCGGCAACAAACAGAGCUAGAAAGAUUAAAAAUAUCGGUUGAACAAGCUCAAGUAGCCCAACGCGAAGCAGUGCUCCGAAAUACUCCGGAACUGGCUCUGCCAAAAGCACUGUUCUCACUUUCCGUGCCGGAACACAAUCGACCUAUCCCAAGGGCAUCGGUGCGAGAAUGUAAAAUGAGUACCUGCUUUGAUCAUUCCAGGUGUAGUUUAACUUCCGGGUUUCCGGUGUAUUUGUAUGAUCCGGAUGUCAGUUCGGUGGUAAAUUCGAGAUACGAUGUUGAUGGAUUUCUAAAAACGACCAUCAAACAAACCCUGGGAUAUAAUGCACAUCUAACGGAUGAUCCCAAAAAAGCGUGUAUUUUCCUGGUGUUGGUUGGUGAGGCACUGCCGGAGCAAGAAACUAUCCGUAAUAACCGUUACGGAGUGACAAAUCUAGAAAACGGAGAGCAGCCCGGUGGCUCGAGUUUAAAUGUGACAAAACUGAAGCUACUACCGUUUUGGGGAGGCGAUGGACGGAAUCACAUUUUACUUAAUUUUGCCCGUCGUGAUUUGAGCAUUGGAACGGGCAACAUAUUCCGAAACGCCGACACCGGUCGGGCAAUGCUGGUGCAAUCAAGUUUCGAAGACGGGCAAUAUAGGAAAGGCUUCGAUCUGAUAGUGCCUCCGAUUCUGGGACCACCAGGUGGAGAUGUAUGGCAGGAAUGCAGUGCAAUGCUGCCUGCGAGAAGGAAAUAUCUUUUAAGCUUCCAAGGCGAAAUGAAUGUGCAGAAUCAAUCCAACCUGCAUCACGUCGAUGACGAAGCCGAAACCGUUGACGAUUUUAUACUGGAACACUUGAAAGAGAUGUCAUCGGGGCAUACACAGGAUAAGUUCCUGUUGCAGUUUGAAUGUAUUCCAGCGACAGAACAACGAGACCCUUCCACAGUUAGAGAUUGGUCGCUUUGUGGAACUGAUAAUUCCCGAAAGUCCGUAUUGAAGGAGGCAACGUUCACGUUGCUGAUGGCACCCGGAGGAAACAGCAUCAGCUCAACAUUGUUGCAGGCGCGACUGUAUGAAGCUCUUAGGGCCGGUGCAAUUCCGGUGAUUCUUGGAGGGGAUCAAAUUGAACUCCCAUAUGCUGAAACGAUUGAAUGGCGAAGAGCAGCUGUAUCGCUACCGAAAGCUAGAAUAACUGAGCUUCAUUUCCUGCUGAGAGCUAUUUCGGAUGCCGAUCUUCUAAGCAUGCGUCGUCAAGGGCGUCUCAUUUGGGAAAGAUAUUUAAGUUCAGUGCAAGCAACUGUUGAUACCAUUAUCGCUAGCUUAAGAGAUCGCCUUGGAAUUCCACCAAAACCAGUUCCUCCGGUAGUGGCACACAGUGUGUUCAACUCAAGCUUCAUUCCACUAAAAUCCGAUCCUGUGCUGGAUACUGAACCGGAAGAAUCCCUCGGACCUAUUGAACCGCCUUACCCGAGUCCAGCUUUUCGUCGAAAUUAUACCGCUCAUUUGAUACAAUCUCGCGAAGCUUGGAAUGAUUGGGCAGAUCCAUUCGCUUUGUACCCUCAGCUACCUUUCGAUCCAGUGUUACCAUCUGAUGCCAAAUUUAUUGGAUCACAUAUGGGUUUCCGUCCAAUUGGGAAAGGAGCAGGAGGUGCAGGAAAAGAGUUUGGAGAAUCUCUAGGGGGAAAUCAUCCCCGUGAACAAUUUACCAUCGUGAUACUAACCUACGAGCGCGAACAGGUCUUGAUGGAUUCGCUCAGCCGUCUCUACGGUCUACCGUACUUGCACAAAGUGAUAGUCGUUUGGAAUUCCCCUAAACCACCUCUGGAAGACCUUCGUUGGCCCGAUAUUGGUGUACCAGUUCAUGUUGUAAGAGCACCGAGAAAUUCGUUAAAUAAUCGGUUUCUUCCUUACGAUGCCAUAGAAACAGAGGCAGUUCUUUCGGUCGAUGAUGAUGCUCAUUUGAGGCAUGAUGAGAUUCUUUUCGGAUUCCGCGUGUGGCGUGAGCACCGUGAUCGCGUCGUAGGAUUCCCAGGGCGGUUCCAUGCUUGGGACACUAACACACUGGACGCAUGGAAUUACAACUCCAAUUAUAGCUGUGAACUAAGUAUGGUGCUAACGGGGGCAGCAUUCAUUCACAAGUACUACACAUAUCUAUAUACGUACACGCUACCGCAAGCAAUACGAGAUAAGGUCGACGAAUAUAUGAACUGCGAGGACAUCGCGAUGAACUUCUUAGUGUCACACGUGACGCGUAAACCACCGGUAAAGGUGACCUCUAGGUGGACAUUCCGCUGCCCUGGUUGCCCUGUGUCACUCAGUGAAGACGACACACAUUUCCAAGAGCGACAUAAAUGCAUCAACUUCUUUACGAAGGUUUUUGGAUACACGCCGCUACUUAACACGCAGUAUAGAGCCGAUUCCAUCCUUUUCAAAACACGAAUACCCCACGAUAAGCAGAAGUGCUUCAAAUUUAUCUAAAAUAAGUCGAGAAACAGUUUCUUCACUAAAAAGAACAGGCCCAUCACAACCUCACAAGCGGCGACUAGGAGAAAUCAGUAUGGAAUUUCCACUAGAAAUAUGCUAGAUUUCAACCUCUUAUGCAGCCAGCACGUUUUUAACGUUAUACCAAAAAUCAUAGAGCUAUGCACGGACAAAAUUCCACUUACACCAGACGUAGAUUAAUAAAACCUUUCUAAUGGCAGCGUACAUCGACAGUUUAUAGUAGCUAGGUGUAUCCGCAUUUUUAAUUGUAUUCUAAACCUUCGAUUCACUUUAAAUGGUACUCUUAUUUGAUAUUUAUAGGACAUUUUUUUAUUGACAGAUUAGUUAACAAAUUGUACAACUUUAACUUUCAAAUAUUCUUUGAAUGUUUACUAGUUAACGCUUCCAGUGCCACAUUAGGUUAAUUUAAAUGUUUAGGUUUUAUCAUGUGUUGUGUCUUUGUGGAAGGAUUGCAUUUGAAUAGAAUGUUGUAAACGUAUCAUACGCUUUAUACUACGUAACCGUCUAUGAAUUAGCUUUCAAUGUAAUAAAGGUAUUGUCAUCUAUUCUGCCAAA